AUGCGUGCGUUUUGUAGAGGAACGCAUGGUUUUUUGCAAACGAUUGAUGAAUGUAUCACAACAAUAUUUGAGUCGAAAAUUGAAUUGCCUGGAGCUGGAGAGGUGAACAAAUAUUUCUUCGAAGCUUUCAAAAGUGUUUGGGACGGAGGCAUCAGUGAAGAUUUCCUCAGUCUUAAGAAACAACAUCCAUCAUAUGAGCUAUGGGUUACUGGCUAUUCACUUGGUGGCUCGAUGGCUUCAAUUGCUUCCACAUAUAUUGUAAGCAGUGGUCUUUUCAAGGCAUCCAAAGUUAAAUUGAUCACUUUUGGUGAACCUCGAACUGGCGAUCAUGAAUUCGCCACAGUGCAUGGUCAGCUUCUAUACUAUACAUAUCGCGUAGUGCAUCAGAACGAUCUCGUUCCACAUGUACCGAUCAAAAACUAUCGAGGAUACUAUCAUCAUCUCUAUGAAUUGAAAGUCGCUCGAUAUCAAGCAUUAUUGACCAGUUCCAUUGCUGAUAUCAUUCAGGUUUGGUACAAUAACAGCAUGGAAAUCGGAGAUGAAUUCGUUGUGUGUAGCACUGCCGAAACUGAGUCUUGCAGUGAUUCUGUGAAAAGGAAAGUAUCACUUAAACAUCAUUUGACGUAUUUCGGUGAACGAGUUACAGAAUUCUGUCUGUGA